CCAUCUCUCCGCUCGUACCCGGCCUCCCGUAAACCACAUCACACGAGCCUCACAGUGUGGAACGGCUCUUCCCUCGGAGACGCAAUGCCGGAGACGAUCCCGCCUCCAGUAAACCACAGCAUCACACGAGCCCCACCAACCAGGAGUGUGGGACGCCCAAGCCGUCCACGUGUGGGGAAUCGCCAUCCAGCAUCAAACCUUGCGCCCCGCAUAUACCGCAACGUGGCCCAGCGCUUUGGAUUGGUGCCAGGUUCGUACAUUUGGUGACCCCAUCGUGACAUCCAGAUGUGAACAUGAUAACAUUAUAAUAUCGCCACUCUUCUCCUCUCUCUCUCUCUCUCUCCAUAUAGAUUGCCAACGACCUACAUCUCGCUUUUCAUCCACUAGCCUCGUCCCCCUUCCCGGCUCUCUGAGAGCUGGGGAGGCGGUGACCGGCAGAUGGCGGUGUACAUCCGAGCGAAGCGGGUGACGGACCCUCUUGACGACAAGGUGAAAGCCCGAAUCCGCGGCGACGACCGGUUUAUGACUGGAUACGCCAGCAGUGGGAGCGAGCACGAUGCCCUCUCCGGCCUUGUCCACGCCUUCCUCGAGAGCGGCGGGCCCAGCUCCCCUACUGCAUCCGCCGUUGCCGCCGCUUCCGACGACGGCGAGGAGUCCGAUUCCGAGGACGGCGACCGGUCCGUCGAGGCGGCGACGAAGGUAAAAGAACUGCUGGAUCCGUCGGGGAAGGGGGAGCUGUUCCGCCUCCGGCUGCUGGCCGGCGUCUCCGAGGCAGCCGAGGCCAUGGCGGAGCUGCGGUGGAGUAGAUCCGCUUACCGCCGGGCGGUGAUGGUAAGGCUGAGAGAGGGGGGAUAUAAUGCCGGGAUUUGUAAGGCCCGGUGGGAGAGCUCCGGGGGGCUCACCGCCGGCAGCUACGAGUACAUCGACGUGGUGGUUGACGCGGCGGAGGAGGUGGCGGUGGCAAGGUAUAUAGUGGACGUAGGAUUUGCGGCGGAGUUCGAGGUGGCUAGGGCGACGGAGGAGUACGGGAGGAUGGUGGCGGCGCUGCCGCGGGUGAUGGUGGCGCGACCGGAAGAGGUGCGGCAGGUGGUGCUGAUCGCGGCGGAGGCGGUGCGGCGGUCGCUGCGGCGGCGAGGAAUGCACGUGCCACCGUGGCGGAAGGGGAGGUACAUGCUGGCCAAAUGGCUGGGGCCGUACCGACGGACAGUCAACCUGAUACCGGCCGCCGCCGGGGCCGCGGUAGCCGGAGUAGGCGAGGCCAAGUGCCGCGCAGUCGGGUUCAGGGCCGUGUCGCCGGGCGCCGUCUCGCCGGCCACACGGACGCAGUAGAGGAAACGACAAGAUCUACUUCAAUUAUUAUCACAUUAAAUUAGUCGGAAAUUUUGAGACGCGGCGGUCGCCAGCAUGAACGGAGAGGAGAGCGGCGCACGAUAGAGGAAGCUAUGCGACGCGGUGACAGCACGAGUGAAGUGAAGACUGUACAGGUACUCUCUCUGCAGAGUGGAAAGUAGGGUCUGGAAGGGUCCAAUGGAUAAAGAUUUGAUGUGAUUUGAAAUGGCUUUUUCUUUUAUUGUUGGCUUUUUUGUACAAAAUUAUGUAUGAUGCUGAUGAGAGCACUCUAAUUAUGUAAAAAAUAUUGUAACAAAUGUUUGAGCGAGAUUAUGAAAUUCUGGUUUUAGGUUGCAUUAAACAA